CUCCUCGCUCAUUGCUCCCGCACCGAUCCUGGCUCAAGCUUGGGUCACAAAGAAAUCGCUGGCUUUCGCCGAGAAGCUCUAGCUUUGCCGCUCGGCUCCCUUUGGCGCCAUGGCUCUUGUGCUCCUCGCAGCUGCUGCGCUCCUGGCCCGCACCUCCCUCGCGGGUCGCGGGAACGUUGACCUGGAGGUCCGCGGCGGUGCGCACGUGAAGGCUGUGAAGGCCCACCAGUCCCAGGAAUGUCCGAAAAUAAGGGACCUGCUCCGCGAGGUUGGCAGGAACGUUCGACAGGCUGGACGGCCGGCGCCAUAAACAGUCUUCGGGAGUAGUUGAACUUGCGCACAGUACAAAACAGCAUGCUCCGAACCGCUAAUCUGUAUCUUGAAGUGUUUCUGGCAAGCUGUGGUGUGGUCAAGUACGGCGCCAAGGAGGCUUUAACGGGCAAUACAAUCUCGCAGUCAGUUGCAUGUUGGCAAUCGAAUCCGAUGCUCUCGAGUUCUGCUUACACGCCUGGUACAUUAAUUCCUCUUCAGGGCUGUUACGAUGGUUUCGAUCAAGUUCACAGCGCGUUCAAUCAAGUCCGGUAUGCGAACAGAGUUGAUGAUGACCUUUGUGUGUUCGAUUCUGCCAAGAAGUUAAUGUGUGGUGGUGAGAAGUGUCAGUCCGCGCCAAACUAGGCCAGACGAAGCAGUAUGUGCCUGUCCAGUUGUCGUGAAAUGAACGGGUCUCCAACCUCGUUCGGGCCUGCAUCUCGCUGCACCGACAGAAAUACUUCUCGACUGAGCCCGGCCGCUAGCCCGAGUUGAGUAACCAGAAUAGUGGUACGUACAUGUAGCGUGGCUUGUGUGGGCUGAGGGCAGCACCAGGGUACAAGGACGAGAACCGCUGCUGCUGUUGCGGAAGCCGAGCCCAGCAUUUGGUUGUUGAAGCCGUUGCUCAAUUGCUGAAGCCGUCGUUCGGCUUUCGAGGCCAAUGGUUUCCGGGGGCAUUCCGCGAGCGCAGCGCGAGCCGCCCUGUCUUACGGCAGACUUGCAGGUUCUAUGGGGUGUGUUUCUCUUCCUCCUCCGUUCCUCCUCUUCUUCCCUUUUCUCCUCUUGUCUGUAGGUUUCUUUUGUAGGAUGGUUCACCUGGCACGCGCGCAUUUCGGCAUUUCGGCACCGUUUGCUGGGAAUGCGUUUCCGGAAGCCUGGUUGCGCGAUGCGGAAGGGCGGAAAGGGAAUUCCGUAAAGCAUAUCCCAAUCGCGAUUUGUUUCUUGUGUUUUUUUGGACAAUGCUUGUUGCCCAGGCUCCCCAGCCACCGCCUGACCUUGGACCGCUGGGUGUGGACUAGCACCCAGAUUCCGGUUGAUUUUUGAAAGGUCGUUCUCGCAUGGCCAGUUGCCGAUUCCGCUGCGUUGUUCGAGUGUCUGUCGGCAGUUGUUUAUUUGAUGAUUGUAUCGGUGACUGCGGAAAGCGGAGUUGGCGGAGGGAGGCGCAGACACAGCUGGAC